AUGUCGUUGCACAGUCGCCUUUUGGAAGACGCCAAGCAGGGUUUGAGGCAGGUGGAGAGAAAGAUUCGGAGGCAGAUGAGGCUGCUGGACCGGCACCUGCAGCAGCUCCGCGAGGAGCUGCCUGCAUCCUGCCCACGCAGCCGGGCCCUGUGCCCCUGCUGCCUGCGCCAGCCCGACCUCUGCUCCUGGGAGAGAAGGGCCCUCACCGCAAGGCUGGAUGUGGAGCGAGAACUGGGCAGCAUGCAAAGAAGACUUAACAGGAUGAUGAACUCUUCCCGUGAUCACAAGCUCUUGGCUUUGAUGGUUGUGGAGGGUUUUGACCCCAAGGAAGUCACUGUAACAGUGAAAGACGGGAAGGUGAAGGUGUUAGCAGAGCACAAGGAGGAGCGCACCACCUCAAGAGGAAAGGAGUAUAACUACAGAAACAUCAUGAAGGAAAUCAGCCUGCCGCCGGGGCUGAGGGAGGACGAGGUGACCUACUCGCUGGGACCGAAUGGCGUUGUGAAGAUCGAAACGGCACGCAAGUGCUACCCUUGUCCCCUGAGCCGCUGA